GGCCGAGCACGUGACCGGUGCUGCUCGCGCCGGGGUUGGUGGCGGCCGUUGGGGGCCUCGCGGCCCGCCGGCAGCGCCCACCCGCGGCCAGGCGGCGGUGGCUGAGGGGGGGGAGGCGGGUCCCGGCGGCACCGGGCGGGCAUGGCGGCGGCGGCAGAAGGGCAGGAGCCCCUGCUGAGAGCUGAAGAGGAGGAGGAGGAGGAGGGUCAGGAGGGCAGGGAUGUUGUGGAAACACAGGAGCAUUAUAAAAGCAGGUGGAGGUCCAUCUGGAUCAUGUACCUUACUAUGUUUCUCAGUAGUGUAGGUUUCUCAAUUGUAAUUAUGUCUGUAUGGCCAUAUCUACAAAAGAUUGAUCCAACCGCAGAUGGAAGUUUCUUGGGCUGGAUUAUAGCUUCGUACAGCAUUGGCCAAAUGGUCGCCUCUCCCCUGUUCGGCUUAUGGUCCAAUUACAGGCCAAGGAGAGAACCUCUUGUUGUUUCAACGGCAAUUUCAGUAGCUGCUAAUUGUCUUUAUGCCUAUGUCCAUGUACCUCCUUCACACAACAAAUACUACAUGCUGACUGCACGUGCUCUUGUGGGUUUUGGAGCAGGAAAUGUGGCUGUAGUUCGGUCAUAUAUUGCGGGUGCCACUUCCCACAGAAGAACAAGUGCCAUGGCCAAUACCAGUGCCUGCCAAGCAGUAGGCUUCAUAUUAGGACCAGUUUUUCAGACAUGUUUUACGCUUAUUGGAGAAGAAGGAGUAACAUGGAAAUUAAUUGAUCUUCAGCUGAACAUGUAUACAGCACCAGUUUUAUUUGGAGCUCUUUUAGGAAUUAUUAAUAUUAUUCUCAUCUUUGCUGUGUUCAGAGAGCAUCGAGUGGAUGACGUGGGACGGCAAUGCAGUAGUAUCAAUUUUGAAGGAGAAGAAAGUGGUGUUCUGGAUCAGGAUGCAGAAGGAAAUGUUGACCAUAUUGCUGUGGUAGCAAUGAAUUUUCUUUUCUUUGUCAUCUUGUUUGUGUUUGCAGUCUUUGAAACCAUAGCUACUCCACUGACGAUGGAUAUGUCCUGGACGAGGGAAAAAGCUGUUUUUUAUAAUGGAAUAAUCCUCAGUGUGAUUGGCGUCGAAUCAGUUACUGUUUUCAUGGUGGUUAAAAUGCUAUCUAAAAAGACUGGUGAGCGUGCCAUACUCCAUGGAGGCUUACUGAUCAUCUUAAUUGGAUUCUUUAUCUUACUGCCUUGGGAAAAACUACCAAAUAUCCAAUGGCAAGAAAUAAAGAACAAUUCUAUUCCUCGAACAAUUUCCAGUGAAAUGGUGAUACCUGUCUGGAGUUUGCAAGCAAUGCAGCUUCCAUCCAACCACUCAGAGCCUGUAGGCUGCCCUGUCACACAGUCCUGGUGCCUGAAUACUCCCAUGAUCUAUCGCCAGUAUAUCAGCUCUGACAUACUAAUAGGAUUGGGCUAUCCAGUUUGUAAUGUCAUGUCCUACACUUUAUACUCAAAACUUCUAGGCCCAAAACCUCAGGGUGUCUACAUGGGAUGGUUAACUGCCUCUGGAAGUGGAGCACGCAUACUUGGACCUGUUUUUGUGAGCCAAAUAUACACUCACCUGGGGCCACGUUGGGCAUUUAGCUUAAUCUGUGGCGUAGUCGUAAUUUCUCUCUUAGUCUUGGAGAUAGUAUACAAGAGACUUAUUGCCUUUUCUGUUAGGUAUGGAAGGAUGCAAGAAGAGAGUUGUUAAAUAUGUAGGGAAUGACAGAGUAAAACCAACCCAGAAAUAAUAGUUUAUUACUAGUUUUUAAUGAGGAGUGUCUAACCACUGACCUUGUUGGUUAUGAGAUAAGAACUCUAGACCUGUACUUACACAGUGACAGAACACGUAGUUUGGUCAUAUCCUAAUCCAUGGUUAUACUCGCUGCAACAGAGCUUUUGUAUUCUGCUUUUCCAGCAGCAGAGGAAGGAUAUGAAGAAGUUGAACCAGUACAAUGACACGUUUGAAGUGUUCACAUGCACCUGUGUACUGCGUGCAGCUGCAAAGGUGACAGGUUAAGUGCAUCCUUUUCAGAAAGAAGUGAAACAUUGUCUUGAUUCUGUGAAUCAGGAUUAAUUUAUUUGUAACUACACGAUAUGUUGAGCUGCGUGCACUUUUAUGGAGACAUCACUACGUAAGUGAACCUUCUGAUGCUCUGUUUACUAGCUUGAAAGCACUGGCUCAUACAAAAUGUCUCUCUUUGGAACCUUAUGUAUCAGUGCAAGGAUUUCAGGUGAAGUGUGAUAGAACUGCAGAGGAAGGUAGGUGCCUACUUCAUAGAAGUAGUUUAUGUGGGAUUUGGAUACUUCAGUUGGUUAGGAGCCACUGAAAAUCACAGCCUCAGUGACUGUUACUUGAACUACAGUAAAUCGUGCAAUUUUUUCUACUGUCUACUGUUUUGUUAAAUGCCUUUUUAUAGCAAGAAAGAUAACUUGCACAGGGCAAAUUAUGCAAAGCUUUUCUUACCUCACCCUAAAAAGGAAAUACUAAGCAUGAUAGUUCAUGCUUUUGUUGUCAUCUGUGGAAAUGAAUGCACUGUUCUAUUUGAGCAACCACUGUUCAUGCUAAUUAAGUAAAAAGGAGGAAGUUAACGGCUCCUUGCAUGUUGACUAUUAGCUAUAGCCUUUUUCUGAUAAUAUAGUGUAAGAAAUAAGAACUUACAUUUGAAUCAUUUAUAUUUUAUUUAAAAAAAACUUCAUAAUGAGACCUGUCUUUAUCUAUAUGAGCUUAUCUGUUUCAAUACUACUAGGAGAUUAAAAAACCUCCAGUAAUAAAAGUUGUAGCUGCUAUUUAACAUAUCUAGUAUUUGAUUCUUACUAAAUUAAAUGUAAUUAAUUAUUCCUAUGUAAUCAACUGUUAAAACACUAAGACUACUGAAUUAAAAGAUUAUUUUU